AUGGACCCGCCACCAUUUACGCCGUCCGAAAAGUGCGAUCGUGGUGGUAUCGUGGGUAGUGGUGGCGAAGAGCCCGUCGGCAGGAGUGCAGCAGUGGGCCUAGGCCUAGUCCAGGGCCACGGCUACGGCGUAGGCUAUCUCAAUGACCCAGCCUCCCAGGGCGUUGGUCCAUUCCCUUCAGCCUGUGAUGUUCUGCAGCCACUUUCCCAGCUGUCUCCCUUACCUUCUAGUGGUUAUCUAGCGGCUGUCCUGGCCCGCGAGCGGAGCCAUUGGACAAAGCAAGCAUCUGGGUCGGACGGUCAUCUGGUGCCGUUGUCGCCCGGGUGUGCCGCCUCCGCCCCUGCCCACGACCAUCGUUCAGCUACACCCCCCGCGGUGAGAAUGGAUGAUCGCGUCGGUGACUCGUCAUCUGAAGCGCCAACUCAUGGUUCCAUGGUGGUGUCAGAUCCUAGGCGCCAGCCCGGGACUCCUGCGCCGGUUCAGUGCCAUGCCAACCCUAUUGCUACUAGCCACGAACAGGGGGUCCCCAGUAUCGCAAACCUUAUCGGAUCCCAUCCUUCCCAAAAUUGUGGCUACGCAGUUCAAUACCUGCACGACGCAGAUGAGGAGGGGCUAGCUAAGCUGACUGAUGCACACCUAGCAGAAGCAGAGAAGAUGACUCUCACAGACUACGCCUCAUACCCGGACUCUCCGGAUCUCGCUGCUUUGAACCUCUCGCGCCUUGUUGCUCGUUUAGAGCAUAAUCUCCUCUCUUCAGCCGCGGAUCUGAAGCCACUACGCCGGUCAGAAUACCAGCGCAUGAGAGUCGGAGCAAAUACGCCCGCACCAACCUCCAAACCCUCGAACGCACCCUUCCCCAGAUCAAGCCCACCGACCGUCGCAAUGACCUGCAGACCGACCUCGCACGCCAACGGCAGAUCCUCAAACAGCUCCAGAUUGUCCUCGACGAGAUCAGUAGUUCCCAGGCGGAACCUCAAUCCGACGAAGAAGAGGAAGACGACUCCCUAG